ACUAAAACGAAACAGCGGGAGAGAUCGCUCUUCGCUCGCACCGCAAGAAUCAUCUACUCUCACUCCCCGAUCGGGUGGAUCCUCGGAUCCCCCCUCGCCGCGCCGCGCCGCCCCGCCCCCAGAUCCCCGCGAUUCCGGCGCCGGCGGCGGCGGGGAUGAGAGCCCCGGCCACAUGGACCCCGCGGGCGCCCACCCACCACCACUGACCCCAGCGCUGCGGCAAGGGGGGAAAAGAGGUGGUUUUCUUGGGGGUGGACGGAGGGAGGAGGAGGGCUCCAGGGUGCUGAUCCGGCGGCGGCCGUGCCAUGUCUCGCUGCUUCCCGUUUCCGCCCCCGGGAUAUCACAAGACUCUGCGCCCCGACGGCCACCUAGCCUCGCACCUGCUCGGAGCCGGCGACAAGGAGAAACACAAGGAGAAGAAGCAUAAGAAGGACAAGAAAGACAAAGAUAAAAAAGAAGGUAAAGAAAAGAAGGAUAAAGACAGGAGUAAAGAUAAGCACAGAGAUAAAAAAGAUCGAAAAGAAAAGCACAAAGACAAGAAAAAGGACAAGAGCAAAGAUAAAAGUAGGGAAUCAGAAGGGACUGAAAGACAUGGCGAUGCUAUCCCUGGUCAGAAUCUUGGAGAGAGCAGCAGGAAGUCCGAAGAAAUUCAGGAUCAUAUAUUCAGGGAAGAACAGGUCAGAAAGUCACAAGAUGAGAAAGGGGUGGAGAACCGAACUGUUGACAAGUUUCCUGUUCCAAAUGAACGAAGUCGUGAAGGCUUUGGUGCUGCACCUCCAUUGGAGAAGGAAAGGACUGCAGUUAAUAGAAUGCGUAUUCACUCUAUUGAUACUUCAGGGAAAAAUGAGGGUUUGGGUCAACAGACCAUCACUAUCAAUCAGCAGAGGAAUGGGACAUCAAUUCGACGUGUCGAGAGCUUCAACAGUUCAUCUCAAGGAGCUGCUGAUGGCUUUGGUACAGCACCUAUGGUGGAGAAGGGAAGAGUCAAAGUCACAAGACCUCUCUCCAACUCUACUGAUUCUGCGCCAAGGAAAGAGGGGACGGGGCAGCGUAUCAGUAACAUUAGCAUACUGGUGCAGAAGAGAACUGAGAGCCCAAAUAAGGAGAUUGCGAAGAAAGAAAUUGGUACCAGUUCUCCGUUGCUUCGAAGCCCUGCUAAUGCUAUGCACAAGGGAAAUGGUAAGGUUGGUCGGCCAAUGGAUAGCGCACCAACAUCCACGCAGAGGUUUGGGAGUCCAUCAACAUCUAGUGCAGCAACAGGGAUGGAUAGAAGUCUGCCGAGGCCAACUAUCCCAAGCCCAAGCAUUACAAUCCGUAGGCCAAAUGGUAUGGUUCGGCCAUCUGAAAGCAAUUCCAUUUCCACUAAUAAGCCCAAUGCUGGAGGUGUUUCACCUGCUAUGGGCAAGGAAAAGGGGCCAGGUGGAAGAAUUCUACAGAAUAGUGUUUCAAAUGAUCAGAAACCGGUUGGUUCUAAACCCCCAGCUGUGGGCAGGGAAAAGGAGCUGGGUGGUAGAAUGCUACACAAUGAUGUUUCAACUGGUCAGAAACUGGCUGGUUCUAGACCUCCAUCUUUGGUCAGGGAAAAGGAACCUGUCGGAAAAAUGUUACAGAAUGAUGUUUCAACUGAUCAGAAACUGGUUGGUUCUAGACCCCCAUCUGUGGUCAGGGAGAAGGAACCGGGCGGAAGAAUGCUACAGAAUGAUGUUUCAACUGAUCAGAAACUGGUUGGUUAUAAACUCCCAGCUGUGGGCAGGGAAAAGGAACUGGGCGGAAGAAUGCUACAGACCGAUGUGUCAACUGAUCAGAAACUUGUUGAUUCUAAACCCCCAGCAGUGGAGAAAGUUGCAGUUGGAAGAGCUGAAAGGGUGGAGAAGGUCAAAGACGCGACACUUGAUGAUAAGAAGAAAGAGGACAAAAAACGUGAACGGCAUGAGAAAAAGAAGAGGAAAGAGAAAGAUAAAGAUAGACACAAAGAGAAGAAAAAAGAAAAGGAGGCAAAGAAGGAGAAAGGGGAGCAUAAUCACAAAGAGCAUGAUAAGCUAAGAGAAAAGAGUGUAAAUGAUCAGAUAGAUAGUAUUCUCACCGAUCUCUUAACUUCUCCUUUAGCCCCUCCAGCUGAUGACACAGAAGCUAUCCUAGCGGAUGAAAACCUGAAGAAGCGAAAGAACCACGAGAUGAAUGGUUACCAACAAAACCAUCAUGAAAUGCGCCCUACAAAGUUGCCGAGACCAGCCCCCUCCAGCAAUCAUGUGGAGAAUGGUACAGCAUCUCAUGUAGCCGCGCCACUCUCUUCCAUGCCAGAAGCCAUAAAAAUUGAGAAGGCUGAAAGGCUCCCUAAGAAGGAAGAGAAGGUCAAUGGCAACAAAGAAGCUCAGCGACCUCCAGUCGAUGCUGGGCUUCGGGAUCCUCUGGCAGCAUCUAGGAAUGGUGCACCUUCUAGGAAGUUGUCGCCCCACCCAGACUUCAAGUAUCUGGGACAGAUAUACAGCAUUCCUGAAGCCCCUCAAGUAAUGAUGGAAUGUGAGCUUGAGGACCAGGACUGGCUGUUCGACCAAUCUAGCAACCAUUCAGAGAAGCACAAGACAGAGGCUGCGGCCGAUGGAGUGCCCCAAGUGUGGGCUGAGGCUGUGAGAAUCGACCAGGCCGAUGUCAUUGCUCUGCCUUAUGUCAUUCCUUUCUGAUAUGGUGCUUCCUGAAUACCCAGUGAGCAAAGAUAUCUCUGAAGUAACUCAGUACUCAGAACAUCAAGUUUGCAACUACUUUCUGCCACUGCUUUGCUGCAAUUUGUGUAGCUCGGCAGGAAUGGGCGACUCACCCAUCCACGGGUAGCUGUUCCCCAUAGCUUGUGUGCACCCCUGUAGACUGGUGCAUGACAAUUGCAGGACUUGUAUGAGAGCUGGUCUGGUCUGGCAUGGCUGGCAGCUGAAGAGUUGUUUAUCCCGACUAGUGGCUGCCUGGAGAAGAAGAGAGUUCAUUGGUUGUCCGUCCUCGUCGAUCCUGCGAACAGUGGGGUCACCAGCUAUCCUUUGCUGCUGCCGCUGCACAAUUUUGAUCUGUACGGUGUAAAAGCAUUUUUAUAACCAACAUGUACAUUAGAGAGACAGAGGGGGAGAGGGAGGAAGAGAGUUUGAGAGAUUCAUUUAUAUAGUUGGAUUGGUUGGUGAGACGCUCACAUGAUCUGCUCCUUGCCUGAUUUAUUCUUGUUCUGAAAGUUGGCCCGUUACCUUGACC